GUCCGUUAUUACUAAGUAAACUCGCCUAAAGUCAAAUUGUAAAAUUGAAGUUCACCUUUUUUUGCUUACCUUUUUUAAUCUGAUCAUCUUGUUCCUGGGAUUGUCAUGGUAAUAUGAACCGGUUAUAUACUUCGGGUAGAUUAUUGCGUACAUCUGGGAUCAAAUUACUAUCCAGAAAAGCAAGUGACGCAACUAACCUGCCAAAGAUCUAUACAAAAACAGGGGACAAAGGUACCUCUGCUACUUUCACAGGUGAACGAAGAAUAAAAGAUGACAUUAUAUUUGAUGCUUUGGGAUCGAAUGACGAACUAAGCUGUGCUAUUGGACUUGCAAGAGAGUUCUGUCUUGAUGAAGGCCAUGACUUUGUGCAUCAGUUAGAAACAAUCCAAUGUAUUCUGCAAGAUGUCGGGUCUUCAAUCGCUACACCUAAGAGUUCAGCAAGGGAGAGUCACUUGAGUUUGACAGAGUUCACCAGUGAAAAUGUGAAGGACCUUGAAACCUGGAUAGACCACUACACCAGUCAACUACCACCUCUACAGAACUUUAUAUUACCUUCUGGAGGCAAAUGCAGUGCAUCUUUACACUUAGCUAGAGCUGUUUGCAGAAGAACAGAACGCAGAGUUGUUCCUCUUAUGAGGCAUGGUGAGAUGGACAGUGCCCCAGUUAAAUAUUUAAACAGGCUUAGUGACUAUCUAUUCACAAUAGCAAGGUAUGCUGUAUUGAAGGAAGGAAAGACUGAACAAAUAUAUAGGAAGAUAACACAUGACGCUGAAACUAAGGACUCCUAGCAUUAGCAACACAUGACAUCAUUAUGAAACAUAUGACAUAAUUGAUGUUUGUCAACACCAUGUGAUUUCCAUGACAUCACAAUGAAGCAAAUGAUACAGUGAAGUGAUAUAGCAUGUCAUAAUGCACUAAUAAGAGUUAAAACAAUGGAAAGCUUAUCCAUUUAAUAUUCAUGUUUGUGUUUUGAGCAGUUGAAACUUUAACAACCCUGGGGUCCAUUUUUGGAACUGUUGCAACUUACGAUUUGAUCACACAUCAUUGUUUGCCAAAAAAUAGACAAU